AUGGCGCUCUGCAGGAGAUUGAGGACACCUUGGGGAUUUUUUACUCCAGCACUUUUUUUUUUUUACUGUAAGAAAAUUGAGAUCCAGAGUUAUCACCUGGGGUAUUUCCGGCUCUGGGCGGGCACUUCCCACCACUGCUCCCUGCCCGCCCGGCCGUGGGGUGACACAGCUGCUUCUCAUGUCUUCCAGCCACGCCACCCUGACCUCCGCCAGUCUGUUCCCCCUCUCGGCCUCCCUGCUCCUUACCCACGCGCCAGCCCUUACAUCUGGGGAAAAUCAAGAGCAGAUAACCAGCACGAAAAGGACCAAGACCCGGGGUGCCGGACUCACCAGAGAAAGCGGAGGGACUGCGGGGGGAAAAGGCAAGCAGGAAGGAGGGAAGAAAGAAAAAGGAGGAGAAUCCCAAAGAGAAACGCAGGCAGGGGAAGGCUGCGCAACUCUCUGGGAGGCCGUGAAAAUCGUGUUGCUGGGACCUGCCUGGGCCCUGGGCAGCGCCCGGCAGCGUCUCUGCGCGUCUGCUGGGAGAGCGGCUCCGUGCAAGGCACCAUUUUGAUUCUAUUCCUGGAGGAAAUUAUUCUACCCCACUUGGUUCUGUUACUAUCCCCGGAGCUGAUGAGUGUACCAAAGCCUGAAGAAGGGCUGCAGAUGGAACUGUGUCUCCCACAAAACGCAUGCGAUGCAGCUGACGCCACAACGUGACCGUAUCUGUGUGGAUAAAAUGAGAGUUCCUGUGGCCAGGAUCCUAAACUGGCCAUGGUUGACUAGCUCACUGCACACCUGUGAGCAAUACAUGGCUGUUGACUCUAUAAAAAGAGCUCCACCCAGUGUUCUGGGUGCGACACAGUGGGGUGGCAGGGCUGCAAGGCUGCAGGAGAGCAGAGCAGAGGCUGGAGUGGUGGCAGCGCCAAGGACAGAGGCCCAGAGGACGGCUGUGUGGGACGACUUUGUAGAGAGGCCCAGAGGAUGGCUGUGUGGGCAGAGAGGCCCAGAGGUAGAGACCAGCUUGCUGCAUGCAGACUUGCUCUGAGUGAACGGGAUUUUAGUGACUGACCUGCCACCUGGAAAUAAAGUUGGGUGAUAACCCUUUCACCCCAAGAACGUUUGCUGUCAU